AGUUUCUGCUGAGUUUCAGCUUAGCUUACAGCUUUCAGUUUGCAAUAGAGGUUGACGAAGGACGUAUAAUUAGUGUUGUGUUGUGAGCUUUCAUGAUGAAGUGAAUAGGCAAAAUAUGGGUAAACCACCAGUUACCCAAGUUUAGACUCACUAUUGCCGUGAAUGGAGUGUAGUUCUAUUAGAAUGUGCUGUGUUUUACUCAUUUAAAGGUUUUGUUUUGGUGAUAUUUACGGAGAACGAUAUCCCAAAACGCAGUGAAAUUUUCAAGAUGGCUGUAAUCUGAAGCAAACCCUCUUUGUUCCUGAUGUUUUCAGUAUGAAAGUUGAGUCCUUAGAGGCAAUAACGGAGUGCGAGAGGGAUUUCGUGACAUGUUCACGUCCCAGACGACUCAUGUCCCAGUUGGAGGCGGCGGCAGUGCAACAUCGGCUAUCGCACACAAGAAGCGCAAGUUGGAACACCAUCAUCACAACCACCACGACACGUCAGCCAGCCAUCAGGCUGAGUCAGCAGCAGCCAUCUACGUGAGGCAUCAUCGCAAUGCCAAUGCCAAUGCUAACCAUAAGACCAGUCCGGUCGCCCAACUCUCGCACAACUUCAUUCGUGCCUCCACCAUAAAACUGCUCGACACUUAUCAGCGCUGCGGCCAGAAGCGCAAAUCGUGCGAAGGUGGCGGUGGCGGUAAUGUUGAUAACAGCAACAACAGUAGUACGACAACAGCAGCAGCAAACAACAACAACAACAACAACACAACAACAACAGCCACGACGACGCAGAGCAAGGCGGGGGGCGGAGGAGGAGGGGGUGGAGGGGGAGGCAGUGAUGGCGACUACCAAUUAGUGCAGCAUGAGGUGCUCUACUCAAUGAACUCGCAGUAUGAAGUGCUCGAGUUUCUUGGCAGGGGCACCUUUGGACAGGUUGUCAAAUGCUGGAAGAAGGGUACGAAUGAAAUAGUCGCCAUCAAGAUAUUGAAAAACCACCCAUCCUACCAACGCCAAGGCCAAAUUGAAGUUAGUAUUCUGUCCCGCCUAAGCCAGGAAAAUGCGGACGAAUUCAACUUUGUUCGUGCGUUCGAGUGCUUCCAGCACAAGAGCCACACCUGCCUGGUCUUCGAAAUGCUCGAACAGAACUUGUACGACUUCCUCAAAUCGAACAAGUUCAGUCCUCUGCCUCUCAAGUACAUUCGGCCUAUCCUGCAGCAGGUGCUCACUGCUUUGCUUAAGCUCAAGCAAUUGGGGUUGAUCCACGCUGACUUGAAGCCUGAGAACAUAAUGCUGGUGGACCCAGUGAGGCAGCCCUACCGAGUCAAGGUCAUUGACUUUGGCAGCGCGUCGCAUGUGAGCAAGGCGGUCUGCAACACCUACCUGCAGAGUCGCUACUAUCGGGCGCCCGAAAUCAUUCUCGGUUUGCCAUUUUGCGAGGCGAUCGACAUGUGGUCUUUGGGCUGCGUGGUUGCCGAGCUGUUCCUCGGCUGGCCGCUCUACCCGGGCAGUUCCGAGUACGACCAGAUCCGAUACAUAUCGCAGACGCAGGGCCUGCCAACCGAGAACAUGCUCAACAACGCAUCCAAGACUACCAAGUUCUUCUAUCGCGACAUGGACAGCAAUUAUCCCUUCUGGAGGCUCAAGACGCCGGAAGAGCACGAAGCCGAGACAGGCAUCAAGUCGAAGGAGGCGCGCAAGUACAUCUUCAACUGUGUGGACGACAUCGCUCAGGUGAACGUGCCCACUGACCUCGAGAACGCAGAACUCCUCGCUGAGAAGGCCGACCGCAGGGAGUUCAUUGACCUGCUCAAGCGCAUGCUCACCAUGGACCAGGAACGACGAAUCACGCCAGGCGAAGCCGUGAACCACGCGUUUGUCACGCUAGCACAUCUGGUGGACUAUGCGCACUGCAACAACAUCAAAGCAAGUGUGCAGAUGAUGGAGGUGUGCCGACGCAACACGUCCGCCUCUUACCAGAGUCAGAGCUCGACUGGCGCUAGUUCGCAUCACAGCCACCAGGUGACAGCAGCGGCGCCUCCCCCACCACCGCAGCCUCCUCCGCCGCCAUUGGUCGCCACGCUCACCUUCAACAACCAGCUGACCAAUCAGGUAUCGCGGAACCACCACCACCAUCACCACCCAGCUUUCGAUAACCUGUACCAGUUGUACAACAGCAGGGGCGUGGCCAGACAGUACACGGGUGCUGGGGGGCGGGGCGAUCCGUUUGCCCAGCACCAGCUGGUGUCGUCCAUCUUGUGUCCGCCGGGCGCCUACCAGUCGAUGGCGUCCCCCGCCAAGCAUGUCACUGUGGUCGCCGCAGCUCCGCCCCCCCAACAGCAGCCUCCCCAGCUCCAGAUUCAGCCGCCCAUCAUAUCACAACAGUACGUGCCGGUGUCAAUGGUGGACGGCAGCAGUGGGCGUGGCCAGCAGAUGCUAGGCUGGGGCCAAGCGGCGGCUGCGGCUGCGGCGGCGGCUGCAGCAGCGGCUGCUGCGGCUCGUGGCCAGAUGGCGGCCAUUGUGCCGAGUUGGGCUGCGGCACCGCCCCCUCCACCCCCGCAGCCGCAGCAGCAAGAUGCCGCCGACUGGGCUAGGCCUCCCCUCCUCGUCGACUCAUCCAGUCUCAUACAGGACCAGCGGCAAGCGGCCGUAUUUGCGACAGAGGUGUACGACAGUCUGGUUGACUCGCCUCAGUCGGGCGCCUGGUCAAAGAGAGGCGGUGGCGGAGUGGGGGGUGGUGGUGGCAAAUACACAACUGUGCAGCAGCAACCGCCCACAUCGGGUCACCACCACCAUCAUCAUCACCACCACCACAACCACCACCUGACGGUGCCCACCAGGGGUCACCACCAGGGUGGCGGUGGCGACAAGAAGGAGGCCACCCAUCUCAGUCCCGUCAAGAAGCGUGUCAAGGAGGGCACACCGCCUACUGCCCUGCGUCACUGGGAUGCGCCUCUACAGAGUGGAUUGCGUCAGCAGACAAUAACGAUUCACGACACGCCCUCUCCGGCAGUCUCUGUUAUCACCAUAUCGGACAGCGAGGACGAAGCCCCCCCUCCAGCCAACCCCCCCGCACCUGCCCAAGCCAGAGCAGCCCCACCUGUGGCGGCGGUUGCCUGUGCUCCGUCACUCAAAUGCACGGAACAAUCACAGUCUGGUAGACAGCAGGUGGCAGUUGGCAACAGUGGACGCAGUCACCGCAAGAACGUGAUUUCGUGUGUGACGGUUGGCGACAGUGACACAGAGGAGCAGCACUCGACACCGAAGACUGUGUUUAGCCACCAGCAGCAGAUAGUUGUCGAAACGCCCACCACCGGUCACAGCGCUGUCGUCACAUCGUCGCGGGAUCUCGGCUAUGCUGAUAAUGGUAGUCCGCCAGGCUACGCUCCAGUGAACACAAGCAGUCAGUCCAGUUCGGCGAGUUCGGCUUGUUCAGCGGCGGUAGUUUCGGGCUCUCGCCACCAGGCGGCGCCACCAGCCGGCGGGCCUACUGCGCAUGCGCACAACGGCCAUGUGGUCUGCGAGAUCAAGCACGAGCCGGCGCACUCGCACUGCGCAGCUCAGUCGGCCGCCAGCCACCAUGUUGGCAACAUGGCGGCAGCAGGAGGGGGAGGCUACACGUCGUCGGCUGUCUCGCAGAAGAAGCGUCUGCUGGCCAAGGCUCAGUCAGAGUGCAUGCUCAACACAGUUGUCACCAAACAGGAGCCGCCUGGCGAGUUGCAUGUCAGUUACACUUUUUUAUCCCUUAUCAAUAACAAAAUAAAACAUUAUAGCAGCGGCAGAGGUGGAGGCGGUGGAGGAGUGGGCGGUCAAGGGGGGAGCCACAAGGGGGGCCGAGGGGGCGGCGAUUACCCCCACCCCCACCACGUGGUGCAGCCCCCCGUAGCCCACAGCCGCAGUGAGCAGCCGCAUCACGUGAUCGCCGCAGCCGCAGCUGCGUUAUCGUGGCCGGCGCAAGCUAUACCUAUUCAUCAGGGUUACAGCACCGCUCACUUGUCGCCGCAACCACUGGGAGGCAGCCGCCUGUCCCCCCUGGCGGGGCAACCCCUCUACCACCAGAGCGAGCUCUAUCGGCGCCAGGCGGCAGUCUACGUCACCACCACCCAACCGCCCACUGCCGCCUAUCUGCCCACGCAUCAGGUAGCACCGCCUUCAGCCGCCUUCACAUCCAGCCGAGCUCUGCCGCCCCCAGCUCACCACGCCUCGGCUCGACCACUGCUAGCUGCCGCACCCGCCGCCUCCACCGCCUCCACGGGCGGCCAUCACUCGGGAGGCGGCGCCAACCACCCCCUGCCAGCCCACAUGCAGCCAGUGUUCCAUCACCAGUAUGGCUACAGCAUCAGUCCAGCGGCGGCCAAGACGCAUCAGUACCAUCAGGCGGCCGGGCUCUGGUUUGCCACCGCCGAAUAGUGUUCAGCCACAAAUCACAUCUGUGUUUGCUGCUUCCCUGUGAGAAGACCAGUGCUGUACCGAUUGAUUCAAUGAAACAUUUUCGUUUUGAAUUUUGUAACAGUUGGCUUUUGUUUUGCAUCUGUAACGGAAAUGUGUUUUCAAGAUGGAACUUUGGAUGGACUUGAACAAGGACAUAAACAAGGAUGAAGGAAAAGAGAUAGACAGAUACAUAGACUAGUGAUGACAAACUACCAGACAUUAGUUGUUACGUUUUCAAAAUGUAAACCCUAACUAGCACUGCUUAGUGUUGUAGUAGACAUAUAUCACGCUUAUUCAAUUUAUCUUGUUUUUUGAUAAUCCAAUUAGCAAGCUCUUUCGCUACGUUAGAAGAAGUAACGAAUUUAGAAAGAGCGAAUAGUUUUAAUGACGUAAUUGCAUUUGACAUGCUAAACAAAAUCUGUGCAUUUGAGACCAGACUUUGAUAGUUAUGUGAAUAAAAACAAACAGUAUAUAGCCAAAAAAUAUAGAUAUGCAUUGUGAAGUACUGCACAAACUUUAAUUGUUAUACUCUAUAGACAGUUUGAAGAAAUACUGUGUGGAAAAUUAUGAUAUUUUGUUGAAGAAUAUGGAGUAAUACGACUUAUAUCAAUGAUAAGAGUGUGGUGUGGUCUUUAAUACUGUGUUGUAGAAUAUUUAUAAAAAGUUUUUGCAAUGAAUAAUCACUCAAUUGUGCUUAUUAAUAGUUUUAAAAGUUAUUGUGUUUUCAUUUAUAUUAUUAGUUUUUGUGUGUGUAGUGUGCUUGUCACAUUUUUAGAAAUAGAUGGAUGUUCUUAUGAUUUUGUAAAAUCAUUCAAGUAAUAGAUUAGAAACUUUAAAGUAAUGAUAAUUUUAUCACAGGAAGACAGAAAGAUUAUAUUCUUAUUUAACAUAGAAGUUUUAUUUGUUUUUAUUAGUAUACUCAUUUUUAGACAAGUUUAAAAAUAGUAAUAUGAUAGUUUUAAUGAUUAUUGUUGAUGAUACAUACUAGAGCUGAAAAGAGGAUGCAAUCAUUGAAUUAUGAGUCAAGAUUGAGUUGAAUAAUUUAUCUAACGAAAUUUGUAAAUUCAUCUUCUACUAAAUGAAUAUUUCAAUACUCAAUUCUUCUAAUCAAUAUUUUAUCUGAACAUGACUGUGUUACAUAUUUAUUCUACCUUUUAAAUUAUUUCAACAUAAUCAUUACUACUAUACUAUUGUUAUUCCAGCUACAUUAUUAAUAAUAUAUUCGUAGUUUGUAUUAGAUAUUAUUAUAUUUAAUAACAUUAUUUACAACAAAUUGAUAUUGAAUUGAAUCAAAUGAUAUUGAAACUAUUACCAUACUCAUUUUUCAAAUGAUAUUUAAAUCGAAUCAAUGUAUUUUUCAAUGUAAUUUAACUUAUGAUAUUGACAUUUUAAAUAAUUUAAAAAAUUGUGAGGUACUGGUUACCUAGAUAUUACUCUGAUAAUUUUUUUGUAGAUCACUUAACUUUAUCAUCAUAAUUUUUAUUCUUCCCAAUUUCAUCUUGACAGAAUGUUUUUUUUUUUAGUUUGCAAUAAUGAUUAUUUUGUGUCUUUAAUUUUAUAUUUAUAGAUAAGUUUAUUGGUUUUAUUUAUCUGACGACAAUGCAGUGAUUGAGGCUAAAUUUGUCUUAUUUUUUCUUUGAAGAUUUCAAUUUUACUUUUGGAGAAGUCUUAUUUUAAAUUUUUUCUAGUUUCAAAUUUUGUUAUUCUCAUUCUAAAGGACAAAAGUAUUGUCUACGGAAUGUUGAUGAUACAAUAAUAGUGCUUAUUUAUUUCAAUUCUAUCAACGAACUUUUCAAAUUCAAAUAGAUUGAACUUUUUCUUAUGGAAACAAAAACAUAAAUUUAUAUUUAUUUUUGCAAGGUUUGAGUUUGUAGAUAUUCAAGUUUCUGAUUAUUGUAAAAAUUUUACUCAUGUCUCCAUUGCAAGUUACUACAAUGAAUUUUGAUUCAACUUAUUACAUUAAGAUCAGCCAGUUAUUUAUCUAUUUUUAACAUUUUCUUUUGCUCUACACUCAUUUUAAAUGAUUGAAUAAUAUAUUUUCAUAUAGCCUUAAAAGGUAUUGUGUUUGACACAUCAGUUUACGACUCUUGACUGGGAAGGUUCUUGUUAACCAAGGCUUAUUGUUAUUUCUAAUCACUUUUAAACUGUUUUUUUACAAGUCAGGGACUUGAUAGUUUAAGUUUUAAUAAUUGUGGAGGUUCCACAGUUUUUUCUUUGCAUAGUGACUGGAUUAUUAUACACUUCAAUCAAAGAUCAUAAUCUAGUUGCAUAUUCUCGAAAAAAAGUUCUGCUUUCCAGUUUGUCUUUUUUAAUAUCCUUGAUGAAUGAAUAAUAAAUUCUUACAUGAUGUGUAGAAAUAGACGAGUUUCAUCAACUUUCCUUUGAUAGGUUUAAAACGUUGUGGAUACUAAGUUAUUGCCACUUCCUUCUGGAAUUUAUCUACAAAGAAAUUCUAAAUUAUCCUCUCAAAUUUUGAAUACCACUCAACUUAUUUGAAUAAUUGUAUUUUCUGCAAAAGACAUAUUUGUUUUUUUUUUUUAAAUUGAUACGGUACUGAUAAUGACAUACAUUUUAAACAAUUUUGGUAAGUUGUUGACGUUCCAGUUGUGAAACUGUUUUUUCGUUUUUAAAUAUAUUAACAAAUUGUCAUUUCAUUGCUUGGUUUUCGCAUCUCAUUUCCUUUUUUUAUAGUUUCGUUUAUUAACCGAAUUUCAAUUUUCCUUUUCAAUACUCAUGUAUUCAAAACUAAUAUAUCAUCGCUUUUCAUUUUGAAUUAAUACACGAUUGUUUUAUGAUUUUUUUUUUUUAGUUGGGGAAACCACUAAACCCCUCGACUAGGACUACUAAAUGUUGCGAGUUAUUCUAAUUAAUUAGCUCUAACUAUUUUGAGUGGUUUUGAAAUGACGUUGUACAUAGUAGAAUGUUAGAGGUGACUAUAUCAGUGUCUGUAGUUCUAAUUCGGAGUGUUAUUUUGAAUAUGGUGGGGUAUUGUUACCUCAGAGAGGUGCUUGAAGGCCAUUACAUUUAUAAAUCGAUGUGUUUAAGCUCUAAUUAUGUCAAAUCUUAUGACCAAAAGUAAAUUAAGGAGAAUUUGUCUAGAUAAUCGUACCAUAUUAAUCUCGAGGUGUGCAGCAGAGCUUCUAUGUGUAGUUUAGUGGGUGUUUAUUAAUAUUUGAUAUCAGUAGAGAGUUUUCUAAUAUAAAAUUCUGAAAUUUACAAGUUGUGCUAACCACUAGCCUAUACUAUAUUAUAGUCUUGUGAUUGUGUGGAAAAAAUAUAUCAAGACGAUGUGAUAGUUAGCUCAUGUAUUUAUAUAAUUAUUCAUCAGUUUUUUUAAUGUGGCUAUCAAAUUACUACAAAUUCAAUGGCUGUAACUUAAUCUAGAUGAUAAUAAUUAUUAAUGGAAUUAUUCGGUGUCAGUGUAAUCAAAUAAUUGAAUGUUUACUCCAAUAAUCAGUUAAUUCAAAUGUCGGUCCAUAGUAAAUACUAACUUGUGAAAUUAACACCUACUGUAUAAAUAAGCAUUCUCUCGUUCAUAGACUCAUAUUAAGCAAACUCUUUUUUCGAUUUAUAAGCAAAAAAAUUAAACCUGUGUAAAUUAUAAAAAGUAAAAACGAACUUCACAAUUUUGACGACUGCAGUUUAAAAUAAAAAAAAUAAACUUUCAAUCUGAAAGCAAACAAAUUUCACUCAAUUAAUCCAUUUUAUUAGAUCAUGGAAUUGGAUAAUUCCAUUUGCAAAACUCAUUUCUUACUAAAUCAGGAAUUCUCAUCCACAAAUUGUACAAAUUAUCAAGCUUCUGUUCGUACACUAACCAUUGCUCCAAAUUUCUCGAAUUUAUUCAUUAGAUCUAACUAAUUAGUCUUGCUCUUUUGGAAAUUCUUCGACCUUUAAAAUGUCUAUAGAUUCUUGAUAAAAUUAUUGUUGUAAUAAUAUUAUGUCUAACUAGAAAAAGUAAUGGAACCAUCUACAAAUCACCUAUGUGUAUAAAAUAAAAAUAUGAUAUAUUUUUAACUACCUAUAAACUAAUAAUAAUCAAUGAAUGUGCCUAUGUGUAUUAAUUAUGUCAAUAUUCUUAAAUAUUUAUAUGUGAAAAAUUGAAACGUUAAUACACGUUUUAGGUGUAGGCAAUUUUUAUCGUUCUUAUCAUAGACGUAAAGUAGACGAAUUUAAAAAAGUUAUUUCCGUCACUGCAUUAGAUCAGAUAGUGUUUGUAAAAAAGUAGUGGAAAUCGAGAAAAGAAAACGCAAAGUUGAAAGCGUGAAGUAAAGGUAGAUCAAAGGAGAGACUGAAUGCACAUUUUAUUAGUGAUAUGGUUUGGAAUCGUAGGAAAUUUGUUAUAAAAUCACUUGUAAUAGGAUGUACUAUAGGUCAAGUUUUGUUUAAAACAUUAUUCUUAACUUUUUGUGUUGAGAUUUUUAAUUUUAAGAUUUUUAAGGCAUUGGGCUAUAUUUUGAGAUUCCUCAAUAAUUAUAUUUAAAAUUUAUCAUUAUCCAAAUUCUGACGCAAAUCUUUCUUAUUCUAUUUUUCAAAUAGUUUAUGAAAGAUUUUUGAAAAUCAUGUUCAUAGGAUUGUUAUAUCGCAUCAAUUUUCCCUAUAAUACAGUACCAUUUAUUAGACUAUAAUUUUUAUAUGAAAAAAAAACUUAACGAAAUUGAAGGAAACAAUUUUAGGCAACAUCGACCUGCUGAAGCUCUCGGUUUGGGUUCGAUUCCUGUUUUGCCAGACAUUUAUUUUUUCUCUCCCAUCUCAUAACCCAAGCACAAUACAUUAUUAUACCUUUAUGGGGAACAUAUCAAAAAAAUGUUCUUUUCCUUCGCCUACUAGCCUACUAUUCAACUUCGUUCAUAAACGAUCCCCUCAAAUAUAAAAUGGAACAAUUCUCUUAAUGCACAAAUAACUAUAAUCAUUUUUCCUAAAUACAAUAAGCAUAAUACUGUUUUAUAAUCAAUUCAGUUGAUAAUUAAUUGAUAGCAAGAAAUAUAUUGAUAUAUAAGCUGUUGAAUUCACAAUCAUAUAGCCAAGGUUUUUAAAUCGGAGGAGGAUCAGAUAUCGUCCAAUGUCUGUCAACAUUAUAGUUUGGCUGUAAAUAACCCAAAUGUAUUUUAGAUUGAGACUUGAUAUUACUAUCUUAUUUCAUAUAUUUUAUAUUCGUGUGAGGAUUUUAUAUUUGGCAUGGUAUCUCGGGUAUUUACCUAAUAUAAUCAAACUUACCAUCUCGUAGUCUACUUUUUAAUUAUUUGUGUGAUAAUUUUAGUUUAUUUUGCUUCUACUUCAGGUUAUUUCAAUUAUUGUUAGCGAUAAGCAUAUUGAUGGUUACUAAAAAUAUACAUUUACAAUACUCUAUGUACAAGCAUAGUAAAUGCUUUUGAUGUAAAAUAAUUCCCUUGAUGUGUAUGCUCUGCUCUGCUAAUGGGUUAUUCGCUUUAUAAGUUUGAUGUUCGUUAUUAUUUUUAUAGCUAUUGCAAGAGUAUUCAAAGAUUAGAGUUAACUAUUUCAAUAUAAAAAUCGUGUAUGCAGGUUUUCUACAUAAUUUUAUUGAGAGCUGGAAAAUGCCUCCUCAAUAUUUUAGAAAUCUUGGAUUUUCCCUUGAUAGGAAUCUUGAUUUCUAUAGAAGUUUGGAAGGCCCAAAAAUAUGUUGAUAACGAUGAAAAAGCUUACAUUUUUGGACAUUCUUGCAAUAAGCUCCCAAUAGCUGUAGGAACAUGAAGACUAAAGUUGUUAGUUUCAAUUUAUUAGCGUUAUUCGAAUUACAAAGAUGCUUAUUACUGUUGUGAAGAUUGUGAUUUUAUCGAUAAACUAGGGUUUAAUAUCCUUAUAGUCUAGCAUUUGUAUAUUAAAUGGAAAAUAGAUUUAAUUAUAUCGUUAGUUAUUUGUUGGAACUAUCCAUCUAUAGAGGAAGUAGUUUGUAAGCUGUAUAGCUGUUUUAAUCAUUAUUGUUUUUCUUUGGUCUUAUUUCAAAUUACAACAACAUAUUACUAAUAAAUUGUUAGAAAAAAAUGCAUUAGUAUUAUAUAUUAUAAUAUAUAUUUGUGUAUAACAUGUUAGCCACGGUUCACUGGAAAUGAAUAUUUCUUGAAUAAUUAUACUCGAGUGUUUCUAUUGUAGUGAAUAUUGGUAACCACUAAAUGUAAUCAACUAUUGCGUUUUCAUGAGAAGUAAUUACUUGUAGCCCAGCGGACCAACAUUUCUUAGCUUUCUUGUAUGUGAGAAAUUUUAUCAUUCUGUGUACCUUGUUUUCAUGAUCUUUCAUUACUUCCUUUGUCUCCAGAUAUUUAGUCAAGACUAAAAUUAAAGUCCCAGGACUAUAAAUUAGCACUAAUACUUCCAUUGUACAAUCUUGGACCUCAUCCUACAUUAUAAAUGUAUAUUGUAUGAGAUAACCCUCCGAAAUGUUUCUUUUAUGAAGAAUAACACCGAUAGCUUUCAAUAUUCGACUAUUAUUAUUACUUACCACUUGAAAUUAAUUUAUUGGCGAUAUUAGUACCUAACCUGAAAUGCAAAUGCAAUUCCUGCACUAUUUUUUCUCAUCUGUAGAAUCAUUGACGAAAAAUUGUGUUGGGAUUGUAGUUGCGCACAAGUAAACUUGUUUGAAGACUUCAAAUCUUCACAUUUUGUGUGAUAAUUCCAACCAAUUUGAUAUUACGUUCGUUAAUCAUGCUGUUUUAUAAUAAUGGCAAUAUAUAGCCUACUCACUACACUAGCUCAUUGUAAAAUAAAGUACAUUGAAUGUGAUGUUUCAUCGACUAUAAUAUAGAAUAUUAUAUUGUUGUUCUUAAUCACUAAUAAUCGACCCUACACCCUACUGACCUUUGGCUAUUGUGAUGUUAUCUGAUACUCGUGUUUUACCUAUUUGUUUAGUUUUAAUGUCAUUCAGUCCAAUAAUUCUUGUGUUAGUCGGUGUUUUUAGGCUUCUAGCUUUUACUUAUUAUAUAUUUUAAUACUUGUAUGAUCAAUUUUAUUCUUAACAGAAUUUAGUAGCGUAGAUUUGGUAGGUUUAUUGUACUGGGCCUUAGACGGUUAAUACUAAUUAUUUAAUAUAGUCGAGAGUUAUUUUUUGAGGAGAGUUUGGAUAAUAUAAUGUAGUUAUCAAAGUGUAGGAAUCACUCACAUCAUAAUCUAUCAAAAACAAUGUUGUUAGUGAAGAAAAUAUUAGACAUAAAUGUCAAUGUGGGUACUGGUACUGUACAUACAACUUGAAACGUUUUAAUUCAGUGUAACUAUGUUUUUAAUCGCUUUUAGAAAUUGACGAAAUAAUCAAUGUUGCUAUUCCCUAUUCAACGUAAUUCACACGUAUGUAACUAUUGAAAAUAUUCAUAAUCGGCUACAAAUCUCUCUAAAUAUUUCAAAACAAUGUCAUAGAAAAUACUCCAAUGUGAUCUGCAAUGUAGAAAAUUUAAUUGAUUCCAUUUAAUUAGAUGUAGUGCAGAGCUUGAAAAAUCCAAUUUGAGCAUACUGCUUUCAAAUACCCUUCACAUACCUUUUAAAAUAUUUUUUUUCAGCUUUCAUAUCAAUAGGAUUUCAAUUAAAAAUCAGUUGAUUAGUUCCUAAUCGAAUGUAUAAUAGAUACAUUCAACUAUCAAGAAUAAGAGCAAAAGUUGUUAUUACGUACGUGUGAAUUUGUCAUUACUAUCCACUUAAUCACAGUUUUAUUGUUGAUUUCUCCGUUCAGUUUCUUUCCCCUCGCUGUUCACAAUAUGCAUUUUAUAAAUAAAGACCACUAUCUCAAAUAAAAUAUUAUAAUCGUUGUGAUGUCUUAAAAUAAACUAAAUGUACAGACUGACCAUCUCAGAUAUUAUCACCAACUAUAAUAUAUAAAUAAAUGUAUGACAACUAAAUAUAUAUUGUGUGUAUUGAUUCAAAAUACAAAAUAAUUGCCCAUGAUAACUACACUAUCUUCUUAUAUCUUAGUGUUUUAUAUUAUCAGUUUGAAUUUAAAUGAAUUAUAACAAAAAAUUAUCAAUUAUUGUUGAAUGGUGAUAGCUACUGGUGAAAUUGUAUUGCCUUAUUAAAUUAAUUAUAAAUGGAUAUUAUGGUAAAUGAAUUAUGAUAUCGAAGUAAUUAUAAUAAUAUUGUAUUUAGGUGUUAGUGUGAAUUAUGUUUGGCUGUUGAUACAUUCGUAGUUGGGGUUAUAUCUUGAAAAUUUAUCUCAAUUUCUCAAAUCCAUGGAAUUCGCUACAAUAGCGCUAAAACCAAUUUCGUUUCAAAAAUUUAACAUGAGCCUCUCAAAAUUAGAUCAGAUCUAUUGAUUUCCUUUGAGAAUAUCUCUAUUUUCAAUUCAGGCUAAUUUGGAGAAAAUACAUUCUACCUUUAUAGUGUUGAGUAUACAUGAACUAUAAUAUAGUGAUACUGACCGUAGUUCUAUUUUCUGUUCCAGAAAAAUAUUUUCAAAAUAUCAUCGAUUCAACUAUCUCGGAUUUCCUCCACUAUUUCAAUAUCUAAUCUAAAACGUUCUAUAUCCCCUCAAAUAUAUAACGGAAAAAUUGAACCCAACAAGUUUGUAUCAACCUUCAAUUCUUUAGCUAUAUUAUAAUACUAAACAUUAUCUAACCCUCUGUUCCUUGUAUGCAUUAAUUGAGUAGAUUACUAUUAUAUAGUUGUAUUAUAAGUUGUUAUUAUAUUUGGUGUGUGUAACAAUCAAGUCAUAGUUUAUUUUUUGUUGCUUUGGGAUAAUAUUUUCAAUGUUCACUUAUUCUUUUCACGUUCAACCAUACAAUAAUACAAAAUAUAGUACCUACCUAUAGGCCUACUGUUUUCUCUUUGAUUCAACUGCAGUAUCUUAAGGUAAAAUUACCAAAAUCAUUAUUUAAACAAAAAACAAUAUUUCCAACAUAUUUGAUCAAUAGCCAACUUUUAGUUUCAUAAAUUAUGAUGAUAAAAAAGUAUAAUAGUGUUACAAAAGUGACUUUCAUUCUAUUUUAAUUUGUGACAUAUUCACUGAUUACAUCACAUGAAAUCCAGUCGUACUAAAUACUCAACUCAUAGGUAUAUUAUAUACAUCAUAGGUAUUAAAUAUUGAUAUUGUUGCAAUUAUUCAUCAUAAAUACUCAAUCAGUCAUCUAUUUAUUUCUUCGAGAUUAUUUUUCAUGCUCCACGAUAUUAUUUAUAUAAAUCAUAACUAUAUUUUUUCAAGGUAUGCUUCAACAACAAUGAAGUUUAUCUUAAAAUAAGCCCUAAAAAUGAAAAUCCAUAGUAUCCCAACUUGAGAAUUAUUGUCGUUCAAUUGAUAGAUUACCAGAUGCAGAUUUUUUCAAUUAUUGUUCAUAGGUUAUUGAUGCCUUGAUAAUAAUCUUUAUAUCUGAAUUAUUUGAAACUUCAAAAUACACUGGUCGUAAUCAUUUUUUUUUUUACAGAAAUUGCAAGAUAAACAAUAAUUUUAGUCAUAGUUUUUUUAUAGUUAGAAAUUGCAUAUUUUUCCUUGUUCCUAAAUGUGUUCCAAAACAUUACUGGGGAGUCUCAAUUCUCAUUGAUAUUGAAAUAAAUUUCAAAAGACUAGCCUUCUUCUAUUUUAGAUUAGACCGAUAAUCUGUUUAAAGAAGGUACUUAUAGCCCACAAAAAAUAACAUCAGCUCUAAAGGUAUACAAUGAAUAUAUUUUAAAUAAUUGAAACUCGCCCUUAUCAAAUCAAUCCUUUAAUUUUAGUUUAGUACUUGAUAUUUUUUCACUUGCAUAAUUUGGCGGUUAUAGCAAUUAGUUUGAUAAUAAUAUUCGCGUGUAGAUUUGGUUUUAGUGCUUCAUUCUGCUUGCCCUAUAAUUGUUUCUUAUUGAUUUUUCAUUUUUACUUGAGCUAGUGGAUUUUGAAGGAUAUCAGACUAGUUAUUGCAGUUAACAAUCAUUAUGUGAUCAGAAAAGAUUGAAAUCACUUGAAGCAUGCAUCACGCGCAGUGAAAAUAUUAACUCAACUUGGAACCGAACAAAAAACAUGCUCAUUCAUUUUUAUAUUUUCGAAAUAAGGUAAAAAUAAAUCAGGGAUUUCAAAUUUUAGGUAGACCUUAGGCACAAGAACAGUUUUGAAUAGCUAGGAAACAGAUAUUGGGAUAUAUCGCGUACAAAUUAGUAUGGGAUUUUUUAUGAAAUUAGAUUUAUGCUUAUUAUUUCUCAUUUACUAUCAUGCAUACACUUUGUACAUGUUUUAAUUCUAUGAUUGUGUAGAUUUUUCCAAUUAACAGACUAUGUUAAUUUAUUAAUCAUUUUUAAAUGAAUAAAACUUGUUUAUUUUAUAAAAGUUA